AUGUACAUCACCAUCUACUACAUAGUCACCCGGCUCCCUGACUCCCUUCGCUCGGUCAGAGACCACUUCCUCUCUGUUUGCCCCACCACACUCACCGUUGACCUCCUAGAGGAGCGCCUCCUAGCAGCUGAGAAGAGUAUAGUCGCUGUAGGAGCCUCUCGUGGUGACCCUCGUGCCCCCUUCUUUGAGGGGUGCCCCCCCUCCCCCCUUUUGCCCUCUGUUGCCUCUGCUGUUGCCGACUACUUCGUUGGCAUCGAGUCGGUUGGCGCUGCGUCUGCCCCUAGCGGGAGACGCCGCACCGGCAAGGGCAAGGGGGGCAAGGGCGCUGGAGGGGCUGGCAGGGGUGGUGGAGGUGGCGGUGGAGGCGGCGGAGGGAGUGGGGGUGGCAGUGGGGGUGGUGGCGGGGGUGGGGGCUUCGGUGGCGGCGGUGGAGGCGGAGGCGGCGGCGGCGGCGGUCGCGGUGGGAGCGGAGGAGGUGGUGGUGGCGGCGGUGGCAGAGGUGGCGGUGGUGGAGGCGGAGCUGGUCGGGGUGGCUCUACGCAGCGGGGCGGCUUCGGUGGUGGUCAGCGCCAGCAGCAGCAGCGCACUCGUGAGACCCCGCCCCCCCAUCAGCUUCGUGAGUGGUACGCUGCGCGUCAGCAGGGCGGGGGUGCUGGUCCUUGUGCCUACGUCCUGCGUACCGGCGACCGCACUGGUGAGCUGUCGGGGGUUGCUAUCUUUCAUCUGGAUUAUGAUGCUAUUCUUUCUACCAUGUAUGUUGUGUCUACUAGUGAUGAGGGUGACUGUUACCUGUGUGUUCCGCCUGACCCGGGCAUUGAGGCUGCUGCUCUAGGUGCUGGUGAGGCUGCUGCUCUAGGUGCUAAUGCGUCUGCUGCCCCAGGUGCUGGUGAGUCUGCUCUCUCAGGUACCACGUCGGCUCAGGCCGUACACACCUUCACCCUUGACUCGGGUGCUUCCCGCUCCUUCUUCCAAGACCGCACCAUGCUUACGCCGCUUAGUCGGCCGGUUGCGGUCUCUCUGGCGGACCCCUCUGGGGGACCCCACUUCUCCACUGUCUUACCGUGUCCAGUGGCCCCCUCUGGCACCCUAUCAGGUCUCUACCUCCCCUCAUUCUCCACGAACUUGGUAGCUGCGUCGGGUCAGGUGUUUGCUGCAGCGUCCAGGUCUGGUCCUGAGUCUGCUCCCUGCUCGUGUCGUCUCCUGUCUCACCAGACUCUCCUCUGGCACCACUGCCUUGGUCACCCCUCCUUGCCUCGUCUCCGAGGCAUGGCCUCCCGUUACCUUGUGUGUCCCAGGUAG